AUGCAUAACGGACGAGCGAACACUUAUUCUUUUACGAAAGAUGGUGUCAAGUUUACACUAGCGCCUCUACCACCCAAUGAGAUUAGCCAAUCUUCAAGGGAAUCUAGUGUUUCUAAGCCGUUAGUGUCUUUGUUGACUAAGGAGGAAUUCAAGGUGUCAAAAUCCAAAGCCCAAAUGAUGAGCAUUAUUCUGGUGCUUGAGGUGAACAAUAAGAUGGCCAAUCCACCUGGAGUCAUUCCGUUAUUGUCAGAAUUUUCAUAUGUAAUAUCCGAUGAGAUACCACCAAGGUUUCCUCCAAUGCGAGACAUACAGCAUGCCAUUGACUUUGUUCCAGGAGCAGUCAUUCUUAAUAAGCCUGCUUAUAGGAUGAGUCCCCAGGAACAUGCCGAAGUCCAACGGCAAGUUGAAGAGUUGUUGAAGAAAGGAUUAGUUCGAGAAAGUAUCAGCCCUUGUGCUGUACCUGUUCUUCUAGUACCUAAGAAGGAUGGAAGUUGGAGAAUGUGCAUUGAUUGUCAAGCCGUCAACAAGAUCAUUAUUAAGUAUCGGUUUCCGAUACCUCGGCUUGAUGAUAUGUUGGACCAAUUGCAUGGUGCCACUACUUUCUCCAAAAUUAACCUUCGAAGUGGGUACCAUCAAAUCAGAAUUCGGCCAGGAGAUGAGUGGAAGACCGCUUUCAAGACCAGAGAUAGUUUGUACGAGUGGAAUGUGAUGCCUUUUGGAUUAACAAAUGCCCUUAGCACAUUUAUGCGCCUGAUGAAUCAGAAGAUCAGCCGCAGACAUGCUCGUUGGAGUGAACUCUUAGAAUCUUAUCCAUUCCUUAUCAAACAUAAGGCUAGAACUCUGAACUCCGUAGCUGAUGCCCUUAGUCAUCGCCAUGUGCUACUUACAAUAUUGCAAACCAAGGUUGUUGGAUUUGACCUUAUUAAAGAGUUGUAUCAGGAUGAUCCUGAUUUCCAAGGAGUGUGGGAAGCAACCGGUUCCUUAAGAGAAGCUAUAAUUUGGGAAGCACAUGACAAUGGAUUAGCUGGACAUUUUGGACGGGAUAAAACAGUUGAUCUGGUGAAGGAGAACUUUUACGGCCUCGUCUUGAACGGGAUGUCAACAGGCAUAUACAAAGAUGCAGAAUUUGUCACUUGGCUAAAUCCAAGGGAACGAUUUCCUAAACAGCCAAACACCAAGUUGUCUCCAAGAGCUGAUAGUCCAUUCAAGAUAGUGCAAAGGAUCAACAACAAUGCUUACAAGGUGGAAUUACCUAGUUCUUAUGGUGUAUCUGCAACCUUAAAUGUCGCUGAUUUAUCUCCAUACGUUGAUGAAGAUGAUGAAUUUGACUCGAGGGCGAGUUCUUCCCAACCCGAGGAGGAUGAAACGGAAAGAGCAGAAUGA